AUAUUUUUUGCUUAAUGUCAACAUCGAUAUAUUAGAUAUGUCAGUUCAUGUUAACGCUAGUGAAAAAUCACUUGGCCGGUAAACACGCGGCAGACGAGUGUGCAUGCUUUGGGUACACCGCAGCAGUCGGUGCUUCAAAUUUUGCCUAUCAUCAUUCACAUCAUUGUCGUUGUCAGUGACAAACAUAACAAAUUCCCAGUGCCAUUUAUAACUGUCACUGUCGUUAGACGGGCAAUUCGCAAGUUAUAACCAAGUGGUGUAUACGAUGGCAGAGCAGAUCAAAUACUUGGAUGAACCCGAUAAAUCGGUGACGGAUAAAAAAAUCUACAAAUCAAUUCUUCUGCCUAAUGGGCUGCACGCUCUUAUCAUUUCGGAUCCGAGUCCGAUGCCGCACGAUGGCUUCACCACAUCGGAGUCGUCGAUUGGCGAGGGAGAUGAGACGUCUGGAGAGACUGAAAGCACGAACAGCUCAAGCGAAUUCACAUCAUCCACAUCGGGCAGCGGACAAAGUAGCUCCGAUUCCGAUAGCGAAGUGGGCGAUGAGAAAUUGGCAGCCUGCGCGAUCCUUAUGGAUUACGGCUCAUUUGCCGAGCCGCGCAAAUAUCAGGGCUUGGCCCAUUUUCUGGAGCACAUGAUCUUCAUGGGCUCCGAAAAGUAUCCCGAGGAGAAUAUGUUCGAUGCCCAUAUCAAGAAGUGCGGCGGCUUCACCAACGCCAUCACGGACUGCGAGGAUACCGUUUUCUAUUUCGAGGUGGCCGAGAAACAUUUGGACUCGAGUCUUGACUACUUCACGGCCCUAAUGAAACAUCCGCUGAUGAAGCAGGAGGCGAUGCAACGCGAACGCUGCUCUGUGGACUCUGAAUUCCAGCAGAUCGUACAGGAGGACGAGACAAGACGGGACCAGCUGCUGGCCAGCCUGGCCACCGACGGCUUUCCCCACGGCACCUUCGCCUGGGGCAAUCUGAAGACACUCAAGGAGAACGUCGAUGACGAGGCGCUGCACAAGCUGCUGCACGAAAUCAGACGCGAUCAUUAUGCAGCCAAUCGGAUGUACUUGUGCCUGCAGGCACGUCUGCCCAUCGACGAGCUGGAGACUUUGGUGCUGCGUCACUUUGCCGACAUCCCCAGCAAUGAAAUCGUGGCGCCAGAUCUAAGCAACUUCAGCUACAAGAAUGCCUUUCGUCCCGAGUUCCAUGAGCAUGCAUUCUUCGUCAAGCCCGUGGAGAAUGUUUCCAAACUGGAGCUAACCUGGGUGAUGCCCAGUGUGCGUCAAUACUAUCGCAGCAAACCGGAUCAGUUUCUCGCCUUUGUGCUAGGCUACGAGGGCAAAGGCAGCCUGUGCGCCUAUCUGCGUCGUCGUCUAUGGGCCCUGGAGCUAGUCGCCGGCAUCGAUGACAACGGCUUUGAUCUCAACUCCAUGUACAGCCUGUUCAACGUGUGCAUCUAUCUGACCGACGAGGGCUUCAAGAACUUGGAUGAUGUCCUAGCCGCCACGUUUGCCUAUGUGAAGGUGCUCGCUCUGGCUGACCCGUCGACCUUGCGCGCUAUCUAUGAUGAACAGCAGGGCAUCGAAGAGAUCGGCUUUCGGUUUCAGCCGCAGCGCCCGGCCAUGGAUAAUGUGCAGCAGCUAGUGCUGAACUGCAAAUACUUUCCGCCCAAAGAUGUGCUCACCGGCAAGGAUCUGUACUAUGAGUACAACGAGCAGCAUUUGGCCGAUCUCAUCGGACAUCUCAACGACUUUAAGUUUAAUCUAAUGCUAACUGCUAGGAAAUACGAGGAUUUGGUCUUUGAUAAGCGUGAGGAGUGGUUUGGCACCGAGUACACCAGCAUCCCAAUGCCAGAGAAGUGGCAGCGUCUAUGGUCCGAAUCGGAUCCCACAAAGUUGCCCGAACUUUUUUUGCCCGAGACGAAUCGAUUUGUUACCCAAGACUUUGGCAUCUAUUGGCACAAGAUGGGCAAACCCGAGUUGCCCGACUCGCCCAAGAAGCUGCUGCAGUCGGAGAUCUGUGAGCUCUGGUUCCGCGGCGACGACAAAUACGAGCUGCCCGAGGCAUAUAUGUCCUUCUAUCUAAUCUCACCGCUGCAGCGCAAGUGUGCUAAAAACGAUGCUAUGUGCGCAUUGUAUGAAGAGCUGGUCAAGUUCCACGUCAGCGAGGAAUUGUAUCCAGCCACCAGCGCAGGGCUCAACUAUACCUUUAACGUCGGCGAGAAGGGUCUGAUACUCCAAGUGCAUGGCUACAAUGAGAAACUGCAUUUGCUGGUCGAGUCCAUUGCCCAGGCGAUGAUGACGGUGCAGUCCACGCUCAAUGAGGAUAUAUUGGCCACCUUUGUGAAGGACCAACGCAAAAGCUACUUCAACACGCUCAUCAAACCACGUGCCCUAAACAGGGACGUCCGUCUAUGCGUGGUGGAGCAUAUGCGCUGGCUAAUGAUCGACAAAUACAAGUGCCUGAACGAUAUUACGCUGCAGGACCUGCAGGACUUUGCGGGCCUCUUUCCACAACAGCUGUAUGUGCAGGGCCUCGUGCAGGGCAACUAUACGGAGGAGCAAGCCCAUAAUGUGAUGAACAUGUUGUUGGGUCGUCUCGGCUGCAAGUCGAUACAGGACCACUAUUAUGUGGAGGAUCGCACGGUGCAAUUGCCACAGGGCGCACACUACAUACGCUGCCAUACGCUGAACGAACAGGACACGAAUACUGUGAUCACGAACUACUAUCAGAUCGGGCCAAAUAAUGUGCGCUUGGAGUGCAUUUUGGAUCUGUUGAUGAUGUUCGUUGAGGAGCCGCUGUUCGAUCAGUUGCGCACCAAGGAGCAGCUGGGCUAUCAUGUCGGCGCAACGGUUCGGAUGAAUUACGGCAUUGCCGGCUACUCGAUCAUGGUCAACUCCCAGGAGACAAACACAACGGCCAGCCAUGUGGAGAAGCGUAUCGAGGUGUUCCGCAACAAUAUGCUCCAAAUUCUCGAAGAUAUGUCCCAGGAGGACUACGAUCAUACGCGCGACUCGCUCAUCAAGCUGAAGCAGGUCGCCGAUAUGGCGCUGGCCACGGAGGUGUCGCGCAACUGGAACGAGAUUGUCAACGAGGAGUAUAUGUUCGAUCGUCGUCGGCAACAGAUCGAUGUGUUGCGCAGCCUGACGAAACGUGAAAUAGUCGCCUUCCUGCUGGACAAUGAGAUCACCAACAUGCGCAAGGUGUCCAUACAGGUCAUUGGCCAUCAGCCGGAGAAGACGUCCAAAUUGAAGUCAAAGGCGUUGGCCGAAACGGAAGGGGAUGCCCAAAGUUCGCUGACCGAGACGACGCCCAGCAGCGAGAAUGAAGACGACGAUGAGGACGACGAUAUGGAAAGCAGCGAGGAAGAUGAGGAUGAACUCUUCGAGGCGCUGGCCAACAAACUGAAUGUCGUAUUCCUGCCAGAGGAGGGUGACGCCACAACCAUUGUCGACAUUGCCGAUUUCAAGUCCAGUCUGGAUCUAUAUCCCAUGACUCUCUUCAACAAUGUGAGCGCCGAUGUCGAGGAUGCCAGCAGCAAGCCAACGCUUAUCGAGGAUGCGCUAAUGAAUACGUGAACGCCCACACCUGACAGCAACCAAAAGACCCAUCAACGGCAAAUACAUAUUGUCCAUAAAUAUGCAUACGCACACAUAUACAUAUGAGUAUAUGCAUGUGUGUGUGUGUGUGUGUGCGAGUGUGUUUAGCAUAUAUAGUUUAUAAGGAUUCAUCUGUAACAAAAUUACUGCAAAGCGAAUGCACUCGUCGUUUUACUAGCAAAAUGUAAAGUAAAGUAACACACCUGUGUACACCUACCCAUACCAUACCGUACCCAUACCGUACCAUACACACACACUUACAUUGACGUUUUACAAGAGAAAUAUGUAGAUCGAAGCAUUUGUCCUUUCGCGAUGAUCGCGUGAUUUGUAACUGACGACAUUUGAAAGCAAACUAAACUAAAUUUACCUUAAACAGCUAUUAAACUAAAUAAAACAAAUAAAUUAUGCAAUAUGCACCCACUUCUCUGUAUCCCAGCCAAUGCAUACACACAUUCACAUAUAUAU